CGUCGGUACUCGGUCGUAAAUUUCAAGCCAGCACUGAUGCUGAUGCAGAGUGAAAUCUCAUCUGCUCCGAAGGUCCCAUGGUUAUCCAAGCCAAUAUUCACCGUCAUCAUCGACGUUGCAAAGCUUUUCGAACUAAGAGCUUUAUGGGUCUCCAGUUUUUUCAGUUCGGAUAACUGUUGUGGGUGAAAAAUUAGGGUUAGAGCCUUCGGCUAGAUGCAAUUUCCUACUGGGGAAUGCAGAAGGCAACGGUGCCCAGAAGUUCAGCGUAUCUCACCGCGCUAUCUCAGGAGAUCGAGAGGAAGCUCCAAAAGGCACUGAACAUUCCGUCCCACAGGCUUGAACUGUUGCAGCAACUGUUUGCUGAUAUAGCGCUAGAGAUUGAUGAUCGAGCAAGAGAAAUAAUUCUUAGCAAGGGUGAAGAUGCUGAUGCAGAUGAAAUUACUGAAAGCAAUUUAUGCUUUUAUGAUGUUCUGGCAAACCAUUUUCUCAUUAAGCCUGAAAAUGGGCAGAGCAUUCUUAAUUUGAUCGUUCUACUAUGGAGCCAAUCUUUUGCUUCACAUAUAUUUGCCCUCCUUUUCCAUAAAUGGUUAUUUGAAGUUCCUAUUGAAAAUCCUGAAGCUCUCUUGCGAUAUGGUUCUGCCCUUGUUCAAGGUGCAACUAAUGUCUUCUGGAUUGACAUCCAAACAAAUUCAAGACGUUUUUUAUCUCUGUUUCGUUAUCUUCUGGAAGAUGUUGCUCUAGUACCUACUCGCCUGGAAAAAAUAUCGUUGCAGGCUCGUCGAGAUCUGUUUCAUCUUCUUUCCAAAUUUUUAUUUUUUUACAACUUUGAUCACAUGCUUGAAAGAUUCUUGAAGCAUUUUCCUAUCUUUACAAAUACCUUUUUGAUUGGGGGUCCUGUUGAUGUUUUUGUGAUUGAGCUUACUGAUCAGCUUCAAAAGCUGAAGGUGGAGCCAGUACUUCUACAUUACCUCUCCAGUUUGAGAGCCCUCCAAGGUCUUGAAUUGAGGAUGACUACUAGUACGAGAUUGAAGGCCUGUCUCUAUAGUUUCACUUCUCCUGGAGGGCCUAUGUAUCCUACACGAGCUGUUCGCCAUGCAGCCUGGGGUUCAUUGGAUCUUCUAUUUCCUGUUGGGCAAUAUCCAAGGCACAUCAUCAGCUUCUUCUUUAGACUGCUUUAUCCCUGGUAUUGGCCCUCCACAUGCUGGAACCUUAUCAAAGCGUGUAUAACAACUAUUCUCUACUCGCUGCUUAGACUACUUUUUUCAAGUUGGGAAAGAAUGACAAAAUCAAGGAAUGAUUAAAUCCCCAAAAGAUUCAUCUUUGUACUCAAUUUUCAUGGGAAACAGGAUAAGAAGAUGCAAUAAAUAUCGAUGCUGAAAUGUGCGGGCUUUUGUUGGUACUAGACAGCCAUAUGCAUCUCAUGUUUAAUCGUGUAUGAUACUUAGUGUGGAUGUGUGUUUCUGUUUAUUUUCCUUUUGACAUAAAAUUUUUAUUUUUUUUGUUGUUUUUGAACUAAAUGGUAAUACAAAUUUGAUAAAAUGGAUCUUCAAUUGCUCA